AUGGGACAAGGUUGGAUAUUCUUCAACGUCAGUAAGCUGCAGUACGCAUUUCCGGAGGGUCCGUACAAGUCCGGAACCAUGUUCUACCGCAAACAGCCGUUCCUCGUGCGCAGCCUGACCUCACCAUACUCUGUGCCCGAACUCGCAAAAUACCUCGCAAAUCCACCUUCCCCCGGCCCCAUUGCCAAGAAGGGUCUCCUGUCGCUCCCCGACGAACUGCUCGAUAUGAUUAUGAUGGACACCGACCUCCCGAUAUUCGACCGCGUCUACCUCGCCAUAACAUGCAAGAAGCUGCUUGCAACCGCCCAAAGGUGCCAUCUCUUUGAAUACUGCCGAGACAACCACGCAGCUGCCUGGGCAGGCUGCCGCAUCGUGUGCCUCGGGGACGACGCAAGACUCAAGGAGGUGCCGGAGGCCCUGUUUCCCCCCGACCUGAAAGCUAGAAUACGCGCGCAGAUCGAAGCGUAUGGUGAAGGCUCGGAGAACACCUCCGCCGGGAUUGACUCAAUGUGUUACGACGAUGCGACCGAGCGGGGGGGGCUGUACCACGGCCUGCACCCGUACGAGCACAGGCCUUACGCGACACAACUCCCGAUGGCCGACCGCCGCGUGUUCGUCGCUGCGUGGGCCACAACAUACCCCGCGCGCGACGACUGGGCGUUGUUCAACUGUACGAAGUGCGAGUACGUCCGCGCGGGCGCGCUCGCGGCGCUGUGCGGCAAGCCGGACGACCCCCAGCCGUUCUUGCGGUCGUGUGCGAUCGACCUCGGCACGGCGCUCUUCACGCGGUUCUGCUACUCGUCGGAUUCCAGCACCGCGUUGUCCCACAAGCCGGUCGGGAUUGACUACGGGAAAUGGGUCGGAGACCGGUUCAUCAUUUCCACGCUCGAGCGAGUGAAGAAGCUGGACGAGUGGAAGGAUGUUACGGACGAGGUCAUCGCGGAUAUCAAGACCAUCUACGAGAGCCAAUACGAGGAGGCUUGGGAGAAGCAGCCUGAGAGGCACUAUGACCACCCGCAGGGGAAUUGGUUUUACCUAUGGGACGAUGCGAAGGCGAUGGAACAUCUGCUCCCGAACCCGAAUCCACGCCCGAGUCCCCAAGCUAAGCCGAAGUUACUCAAGCCCGCAACGAGGAGACCGCCGAGAAAAACCCAGAUCACUCAGAGUACUUCGAGUUCGAUAGUCCCCCGAAGAAGGUGCGUAUCACUAUGA